ACUAAUUCACGUCCCGGUGUGUGCGCAAUUUGUAAGCGAACAAUGUGUUUAUGAACAAUGAUGUUUCAGACAAUGUGGCUAUACAUUUGAGAAGCAAGAAGUGAGGUUUUGUAAUUGCUAUUAGUUUGGCAGAAUAAAGGAAAUGACGGAAUUCAAAUGAUAGAAUAACAAGAUGAAUGGUUAUAGUUGCGUUUCAUUUAUAACUUUACCAUGGGUAUUGUGCUGGUUCUUUGUCUGAUAUUUGUUCAAACUCAGAUUUCAUUGGCAACAACUCCAAGUGAGUGUGAGAGCUGUGGUUGCUGCUUCGGACGCUGGAACAAAUGUGAUCUUUACGAUGGGAAGUGCAAUUAUAGGUGCCUAAAUGGAUAUUGGAGUGAUAUGUGUAACAAAAAAUGCAAACACCCUAACUGCAAACGAUGCGCACGUUAUGAUGGCUCUGAUUGCUUAGAGUGUAAGACGGGUUUUUAUAGUACAAAUUGUGGACAUACAUGUCCUGAAGGGUGUGAGGGAAAUGAUUGCGAAAAAGAGUAUGGAUCAUGCACAUCAUGCAUACGGGGAUUUUAUGGAGAGCAUUGUAACAUAUCUUGUCCGACAUCAUGUCGAGAAUGUGACCGAGAUGGGUUAUGUUCCGAAUGCAACCGUGGAUUUACAAACGCAAAAAAACAGUGUACAUGUAGAACAGAUAUUUGCGCGAAUUCUGAAAAUUGCGGCUCAUGCACAAAUACUUCAUAUCUUGCAAUUAAAAAUGAGUGCUGCAUGUGUAAUCUUGAAAAUUGUGCGUCCUGUGCAAAGCUUUUUGAUAUCAUAAAUUUCAAAAUUUGCAAACGCGGAUAUUUCGUACAUGGAAAUGGAUAUUGUAAAACUUGCAAUUCACAAUGCGUAGAUAAUAAAUGCAAUUCUGCUUCGGGAAGAUGUCUUCAUGGAUGUAUUACUGGAUAUUGGAACAACACAUGUGACAAGGAGUGUGAACCAGAAUGCUUAUCUUGCAAUCAAGCUGAUGGAUCGUGCACACAAUGCAAGAAAAAUACAACAUAUGGACCCAAAUGUAGACUGGAAUGCAGCACUUCAUGUAAACAUUCCAUGUGUGACAUUGAUGGACAUUGUACUAAUGGAUGCAUUUCAAAAAGGUUUGGAAAACAAUGUGAAAACAAGUGUGAAGAGUAUUGUAAACGAAAGGACAACACAACACUUUGUUCUGAAAUAACAGGAAUGUGUUUAUACGGCUGCGUUAAUGGAUACAGGGGAAGAUAUUGUCCUAAAGACAUUGGCAAUACAGGCAAAGACAAUACAAGUGAAAAACAGACAACAUUGUCAGCAGCACUUGGAUGGGUUUUUGGUGGAUUCAUUGUGGGGAUUAUACUAAUUGCAAUCCUUGCAAUGAUUUGGUUUCGUAAAAGGAGAAGGUCAAACGCAAAACACCAUGAUAUACAUAGCAACGAUUCAUUUCAAGAUGCCCGAAGAGAUUAUGACGCACUGAAUACUAAUCUGCGUGAAAUUGAACUCAACGAUGUUAGGUAUGAAACUCUUGAAGUAACAGAUGUUCGUUUGAUGGACCAAACAACUGAUUAUUCAAACGUCUCUUCAAACGCAAAUGUCAGCAUUGCAUACGAAAACGUUUUUGGUGGACUUUAGUCAUAUAUUAUUAAUCCAGACUAUUCAUCAAUGGACAUCGUUUUCAAAGGGGAUGACAGCAAUUUUCAUUAGUCGAUAGUCAAAAAAGAUGCAAAAGACAACUGUUUAAGCUUACAUGCUGUAUGGAAGUAACAACAAAUAUUGCUGCGGAGUUAGUGUAAAUAUGUUUUGUUUUUUCAAUAUAAAUAAAAUAUUUGUAUGUAUAAGCUCGUUAAUGGUUGCAUGCAAUGUAAUGUUUUAUCAAAAUUAUAAAAAAUGACGAUUAAAUAAACAUACAUUUUGUUCCAGUUAUAAAGUGUUCCAAAUAUAAAACAAACUCAAACGCUUUCCUAUUGUUUUAAUUCUAAGUCUUUAAAAAAACCGUCCUAGUAUUUAAACUAUACAUUAUGUUGCCAUUUUUCAUUCAUUACAAAAGACAUAUCUAUAGCUUAAUUCAUUGUUUCAUGUACGUUUGAGAAAUGUUGUUACAAUCAUUAAGAAUACAUGUACCAUGUACACAUUA